AUGGGUGGCUUGCUACCCGAAGGCCUCAAAACCUAUGGCUGGCUACCAAUACUAAGUACCUUGGUGAUAGCAUAUGCCGUGGCGCGUUGCAUUUACUUUCUUCAUUUCCAUCCGCUCUCCAAAUUUCCGGGUCCGAAGCUUGCAGCUGUGUCGAAUGUGUGGUAUGCUUAUUAUUGGCUCCAGGGUCGUUGGCCGUGGGCGAUUCAAGCGACGCUGAAGAAAUAUGGUCACAUUGUUCGAAUUGCUCCCAACGAGCUCGUAUUUGAUAGCCCGCAGGCAUCCAAAGACAUCUACUGUUCUCAUGAUAAAGGGCUCGAGAUUUUCACCAAAACGGAUAUUCACGACUUUGGCAGAGAUCGAGAUGGUGGCCUCAUCUGGCAACAAGAUCCCAUCAAACAUCACCAGAUAGCUAAGCAACUGGCACCAGCAUUCAGCCUGAGGGCUGUACGAGCUAAAGAUGGUGUGUUACACAAACAUGUCGAUUAUUUUGUCGAGAAAAUGAAAGAGAAAGCAGCAUUCCACGUGGGGGUUGACUUGGCAGCAUGGGUACAGUGGUUGUCUCUGGACAUAGCAGCAGAUAUGGCUUAUCACCAUGAAGCCAAUUGUAUGCGAGACGAACAGGAUUCACCGUACCUAAGACUUAUCCUGCGUUUCAACAAACUCGUCACUGUAACGCAGGUUCUGCGGCGAUUUCCCUGGCUGAGCUUCCUUCGUUUCUUCGGCUUCUCGUUUUCGCUAGUGGCACGGUUUCUCGAAGUGAAAAGGACCAGGGUCUUCGAGUUCCGUCGCAGGCUGAGUAAGAGAGGAACCACGGAGCAUGUCGACUACUUCGAACAACUGAUACAAGAGCGUACUCCGGACGAUGGCGAGGAGUUGACGCAUUUAUCGACGAUCACUACCCAGCUCAUGUUCGCAGGGUAUCUCCCACCGUCAGACUGGUACUACGGAAUCCUGUUUCAUUUACUCCAGAACGAGGACGCAUGGAACGUCUUAACCCAGGAAAUCCGUCAUGAGUUUAAGACGUACAAUGAAAUCACUCCCGGCAGUUCAUCGCCUUUGCCAUAUCUCAAUGCGUGUAUGAAAGAAGCCCUACGGCUUUUCAACACUAGUGCAACAAUUAAUGGUAUGCCCGUCUACAGUCCAGGUGCAACGGUUGACGGGAGCUACAUUCCUAAAGGUACAGUAUGCCAGUUCAGCAUCCGUUCAGUAUGUCGCAAUCCACGCUACUUCAAAAAUCCUGAGAAGUAUCAACCUGAGCGAUGGUUACCUUCAGAUCACGCACUAUAUAACCCCAUAUUUGCUAAUGACACCCUCGACGCAUUCUCCGCAUUCAGUCAAGGUCCACGGGUCUGUGUAGGCAAAGAGGUCGCCUGGUGGCAGGGCCGACUGGUCAUCGCCAAGAUUUUAUGGUCAUUUGACAUUCGAAUGCUCCCUGGUCAGCACGUCGACAUGGAAAAGGAUUUGAGGAGUUGGGGUUACUGGGAGAAACCGGGGCUAACCGUUAGAUUCUUACCCGUACGAAGGUCAUUGUAGUAUUGGUGUAUGUAGUCAGGCUGGCGUCGGGUAUGGCGGAUGGCAACUGAAAAACCACAGUGGACUUGAUGUUGGCUCUAUUCUGGUAUUGAAGUGGCCGGAACUAGCCGUUGGAGUCAAAUGAGACGCUGGGGUGCAAAAAGAGGAUCGGGUGGGAUUAGCUUCAUGCGCAAGGCUGGCAAAUCUCAAUUUCUUAUAACGUCCGUGUACUGGGGACACAAUGACACCCUCUGCGCGGGUCACAACAUACAUCUCAGGGGGCGCCGACGAUACUACGUCAUGCUUAUCUAUUGAUGAUCGCGAGCCUCCCCUUAGAGCGCCCACUUGCAUAACUAAUGUGGUGACGUGCUUGGCGGUGUUGAUGAUACGGUUUCUUUAGGGUGUCGGCGGAUUGAUCCUGUAUUACCAAUCGUAACAUGCCGACCGGAGCCUGAUCAGAUC